AUGGAAAAGGAUCUUGAAAAGGAGUCUCAACUCUCUAAAGCGUACACUUCUGAGUCCUCGUUCUCCGAGAAUGAAGUUGACGUUGCGUUGAAGUUCUUGAAGCAGAAUGGUGAUGUCGAGCGUGUCAUCGAUGACCAUUCUGUUGAUCGCAGAGCUAUCUUCUAUGGGUCGAAGAAGCUGGACAAGAAGAUCAAGCGCAAGCUGGACAAGUACAUCUUGUCAUUCUUGUGUGUCACCUAUCUGCUGAUGUUCUUGGACAAGGCGCUGUUGAACUACGCUGCGGCAAUGGGUAUCAAGAAGAACUUGAAAGGUGACGAGUUCUCUAACUUGAGCACCAUUUUCUCCGCUGCUUACAUCUUCAUGGAGCCUAUCGUGACUUUGCUGAUCCAGUACUUCCCGUUGUCCAAGAUUAUGGGUACUUUCAUUUGUACGUGGGGUGCAGUGCUAGCGUGCCACUCCGCGUGCAAGACCUACGCUUCACUGAUGAUCGUGAGAACACUGUUGGGUAUGUUCGAGUCCGCCAGUGCCGUCGGUUGUAUCGCCAUCAGCGGUAUGUACUACACAAAGUCCGAACAAAGCGCUAGAAUCGGGUUUUGGGCCACCCAGGCAGGUACUGGUUACGUGAUUGGUGGUUUGAUCUCUUUCGGCUUCUUGCAUUACCACGGCAGAGAUUUCACCUCCUGGCAGAUCAUGUUCCUGGUGGUGGGUCUGAUCACCGUGGUGUUCGGUAUCGUGACAUUCCUCUAUUUGCCAGACAAUGUCACUAACGCUUGGUUCUUGGACCACGACGAGAAAGUCGCUGUCAUUGAACAUAUAAGAGAUAACCAGACCGGUGUCGAGAACAAGAAGUUCAAGAAGUCCCACAUCAAGGAACUUUUCCUGAAGGAUAAACUAACAUGGCCAAUGCUUAUGAUAACGGCUUGUUCCCAAAUAUCUACCGGUGCAAUCGGCUCUUUCUCCACUACAAUCACCAAGACUUUUGGAUUUGACAGCUAUGAAUCAGCAUUGUUGCAAUUGCCAAUUGGUGCUAUUGUUGCAAUUAUCAUUAUAGUCACUACACAGAUGAUCUCAAGAUGGGGACACUUCACCUUGGUUACUACUUCAAUGUACAUUCCUGCUGUGAUAGGUUCCAUCGUGUUAAUCAGCUUACCACUAGAGCACAAGAUUGGUAAUUUGUUCUCUUUGUAUCUUGUCUACAGUGGAUCCUGUGUCAUCACCAAUAUCUAUAUCUGGAACACAUGUAACACAUCUGGAUAUUGUAAGAGAAUCUUCAGAAACGCCAUCACUAUGAUCGUUUACAAUAUAUCAUGUAUUGUUGCACCUCAGAUGUUUAGAGCUUAUUCGGCCCCUAGAUACAUACCAGCAAAGAUCGCUUUACUAGUAACACAAGCUGUUUGUAUUCCAUUACAACUAUAUGUUGGAUACCUCUCAAAGAAGGAAAAUGAAAAGAGAGAUAAAGAACAAGAAGGUCAAGCACCGGAGAAAUACAUGUUCUUAGAUCUAACUGAUAUUGAAAAUAGAAACUUUAGAUAUGUCUAUUAG